GAUCAUAAACUUUUCAUCUCCAUACAGAGACGAAAUGACAUUGAAUACGCAGAGCUAAUUGGGUCAGGAAACUCUUGUUGCCACUGACCAAUGGUCAGCCUCAGAAGAGUAUUACCUAGCUGAAUAUGACAUAAAUUUAAACAUCUUUUUAUCAUUUGAACAUGGCUCAUUUUUAGUAGCCCAAAGCAUUGCACAGCGUGCAAAUAAAUUUCAAAGGCUUUCAACCAUAAACCUUUUCAUGUAAUAUAAUGAAGAACAGAACAUGGUCACUUACCUAUCCUCAUUUGUGUAUUUUCCCAUUAUUGAUGCUACAGUGGAUCGGUUCAAAUUGGGGUGCACUAUCUGGCCAGCUUCCCUCAUUGAAAGACUGAUUUAUUCCAUGGUCUACAACUGUGAGUCUAAUUUCAUUUGACACUUUGACUCCAUUUUCCACAUUCAUCUGGCUGGUGUACCACUAGACAUACAGACUGCCCUUCCUCACUGGGCUCCAUGUUGUGCUGCUCCUCUUCCUCUCUGCUGGCAUUCUCUUCUGUUUGCCUCCAUUUCUCAACAACACCAACUCACUGGUGCUCUCUUUCAUAGCUGAUUAUGGACUGUUGGAUGGAUUGUUGAUCUGACAAUUGUUUCGCUUCAUAUUGUUAUCAUCUGCUGUGACCAAGUCAAGUCAGUUUAUUUGGGUGGGACUUGAUUUUUGUAUCAUGUGUUAAGUCUUGUGUUUACAGUUGUGAAAAAUGUUUCUCAUUUGUAUUUUGAGUGAAAGCAACAUAAAUUACAAAAUUAGAUAGUAUUUUGUUGAUUUAGGUUCAUGUGUUGACAUGUUAGACUAUAGUUUCAAUGAAAGUGUAAAUAAAUAGAAAAAAAUCCUGCCGUAAGCAGUUAAUACUGUUUAAAACUGUAGAGACAAUAAAAACAUUAAGAAAUGAGACUCAGCGUCUGUAUGUAAGAAUUAAGUAGAUGUGUCCAAAAAAGGGAUUAAAAGUCGACCAAAAGUACUAUUUAUUUCAAGUAUUGUUAUUGGUGACUGAUCACUCAGUAACUGAAUGAUGGAAGAGAACUGCUCUGCAAAUGAGUGUCAGUAUUAUGAUAUAUAAUACAUAAUAUAUAAUAUAUAAGUAUAACAGUAAGGAACAAGGAACAUCUCCUCUGAGGAAAUAUUAAGUACAAAAGUGUGUGCAUGUAUGUGCGUGUGUAUGCAUGUGCGUGUGUGUGUGUGUGUGUGUGUGUGUGUGCAUGAGCAUGUGCGUGUGUGUAUGAGCACAUGUGUGUAAUAAUGUCAAUGUAAGUAGCUGUGACAGAGCCUGGAACAGAUAUGAUUUAGUGGCAUGUGUCUGUGUGUGGUGCACGUGUGGAUGAAGGAUGGGAAAAUAUCAGGCCUGGUCACGUUGUUCGAGUGACAGUGAGUCAGGGCAGAUGUGUCACAGUGCUCUGGUCUGGUCAGUCUCACGCCACCACACUAGGCUCAAAGGAAGAGCAGGAGCAGCAUGGAUUCUCAAUACCUCUGCACCUUCCUAUUCGUCCUACUCCUACACCCAGCAGCUGGGCAUGAUGAUGGCUGGUCAAUGAAGGUGCCUCCAGAGGUACGGGCGAUAGAGGGGUACCCCGUAGUGCUGCCUUGCUCCUUCACCCAUCCGCAUCGUACACACCACUCCUCUAUGUUAGUCAUGUGGAGACUGGGUCACGGUUCGACUGCCACAGUGCUUUUCCAGUGUGCCAGCCACAACGACAGCCAUCGUUGCCAGACGGUGCCUCACCAGGACCACCGCUACCGCCUGGAGGGUAACCUGCGUGAGCAUGACCUGUCACUCAGGAUUAACAACGUUGCCUUGCAAGACAACGGCCGCUAUUUCUGUCGUGUUGAGUUGCCAGGCCACCCAUAUGCCAGCUUUGAGAACAAGAUGGGCACACGCCUGAGGGUAGAAGCUGGUCCACGGAUCCUUGGGCUGUCAGUAGAGGGCACUGAAGAGUCAGGGUAUAGGGCGCUAUGCCGUGUCCAGGGAUCCCCUCUACCAGACAUCCAAUGGACUGGGCCUGGAGAGGCUCUGGAGGGUGCCCCGCUCUCUCCUGCUGCUCACGAGGCCCCUGCACAGCACCACACCUCCAGUCUUCUGCAGGACAUCGUCCCUGGAGAACAGUACACAUGUAGCGCCUCCAACCCCCUGGGGAAGGAUCAGGCCACCCUCUACCUGCUGACCUCGACCCCUGUCCCGACUUCCUCUGGACCUACCCCAGUCCUGCUGCUACUCUCCUUUUCCCUGGGGACCAAGAUGAUAUUGUUCCUGGGAUGGGGUGCCUGGCUAGUCAGCGAUGGGGCUUUAUCUUCCUGGGUCAGCAGUGAGACCCAGUGAAACAAACACACACGUGAAGGUUCACAAACAGCCUAGUUGCUUGUCUCUUACUCCAUACAUAUCUGGUUGUAACCUAUAAAACUGUGCUUGCAGAAACAACUUAAUCACACCGGCUUCAGUCAUAUGGAAGGGACAACCCAUCAUGUGACUGGGUUAUUGUUACCCUCUUAUUAAUAUUCCUUUCAACACAGCCAUAGCACACAUGCCACUGAUUGAUCUAUUUCUAUAUCAUCAAUACUUGAGGCAAACAUUGGGGAUCAUGUUGCCUGGAUCAGUAUGUUCAUUUUGACAUGACAUGUCCUGCCCAAUGGUAAAUUACUGUAAUGUCAGAUGUGUGCAUGUAAUGCAUGCAGGUUAGUUGUGUUGGUAAGUUUAAUUGCACAAGACCACAAAAUUACUUCAGACCAUGGAAUAAGACCUAUCAAAAAACGAGAAUACAGAUAACAACAAAUUAAAGGGUAAAACUGGCAGUGUAAUUACACUCUCAAGAGAUAAAAUAUUUCAAAGGUAACCUUUAUUUUGAAACACUCAAUAUUGCUGGUAAUAAAGUUAAAAUAGCUUAAAAACUGACUUAAGAACUACAACAACAGUUGACAACCAGCAAAUGUUUUCUUUUCUGUUUCUUAUCCAAGAAAAUGCCUCCCUCAGAGGAAUAAGUCAAGAAAUAUAAUACAACUUAUUCAUUAAACAGAAUGUUUUACUCUGAGAAUAAUUAAUCUAUUUCUUAUUAAAUUCUAAUCUUACUAAAGCUCUUUGCUACAGGAAAUAUGCACUGCAAAGUAAGAUUGAUGCCAGGAUUUCAUUUGAAACAUAUUUUUAAAA